AUGUUUUACAAAAUCAUUUCAAUAUUUGGAGCUGUUGGUUAUCUAGGAAAACCCGAUGAUGUCUCGGUUGGAAUGCCUCAUGGCCUUACCACAGUUUUUGGUGUCUUAUUUAUUAUUAUGGCAUUGAUUUCCAUAUUUGGAAUCAUCGGAUCACUUUUCUCAUCUUCCGGAGGAAUUCGCAUUUUCGAAUGGAUGUUAUGGGGAAUCGUAGUUGUAUAUUUUAUUAUUUCAGCGGUUACCAUUUUCAAUUUAUUUAGUAAUAAACAGAUAGCGGUUGAUAGAUGUAUAGUAGAGCUUCAAGGAAAAGCAAAUCACGCUUUAGGAGACAUCGAUCAAGCUAAUGCGGAUAAAAUCAUUGUAAGUGAUGUAACGAAUGCUACUACAAGUUCUAUCAAUAAUGCAAUUAGUGGAGAAUUACCUAAAAUUUGUGAACAUCGGGAGGAAAUACGUAUUUGGGUUAAAAUUGUAAUCGCUUUACUCGUAACAUUAUUUGGGGCUUAUUUCGCUGGCGUUGUUUCUCGUUUUGCUGAUGAGAUUAAACCCGCAACAUUCAAAGGUCAUAAUAGGAAACGUAAUUUACACCUUGCUGCCGCAUCUUUAUCAACUACGGAUGUUAAGGGAUAUUAA